AAAACAGAAAACGUGAUGUUUAUAUUUACUUCUCCCCUUAUAACAAAUUUUAUCUAUACAGUUGAGGCUUUCUUGGCAUGUGUAUGGGAAAAUUUAGCAUUUGCUGACAGGUUAAGUGGUUUGUAUUCUUGGCAAAGAUUUUUCUCUACCUCGUAUUUUUAUCAGACUCGUUUUACUUACAUUCAACAACUCAUUUCACUGAAAAUUCUAGAGAAGGAACCAGGAGUAAACUAUUUGAUGGAUUUUAAAAUUGUUGCCCUGAUUUUAUUGGGGUGUAUAAUAGCCUCCAGUGCUCAAGGUUACCACUAUGGAAGAAAUAGACCCCGCCACAGGCCAGCUCGGUGUGCACAACCAAAUGCCAUUCGCUGUUUAAGAAACCCUUGUAGUACUCCGAAUGGAUGUCCCAACUAUCCCGACGCUGUGUGUGUUAAUGAUGAUCCGUGCAACCCCUACUGUGUUGGGCACUAUUACACCGGAGAACAACGGCAACUGUCUCAGGAGGAAUGCCAUGGCAACGUCGACCCAAACGAAGGCGAAUGUCCCGAGGGAAGCCCGACAUUACGUUGUUUAGUUAAUCCAUGUAGUGUAAUGAGAUGCCGUGCCUUUCCACAAGCAGAAUGCAGAAAUGAUAACGCCUGUGAACCAAGCUGUGUUGGUCAUUUCUACGACGGUGAUAGACAACUCAGCCGACGUGAAUGUCGUCGCGGAUACAGACGAAGAAAUAGGAUACGUACACUGUAAAAACUGGAGUGCUACUUUACACCAAAAAUGGAGGGAGCUCCAGCUGCCCCCCAGUUUGGUGUUUACUUUACUAGAACAUGCCCGAGUGAAAAAAAAACUGACUUUCAUAUUCACCUUAGCAGUCAAAAGAGUUUUCUUUCUUGAGGACACUAAAUUCUAAUACAAGACUUCUAAUGUUCAAACUCUUGCUAUGCUUAUUUUCACACAAUCUGACAAAUUAGAAAAAAUAAUAUGUCUUCCCUGCAGAUUCUCCCGACUUUUUAUAUCAAUUUCGAUUUGAAAAUACUUGUACUAAUAAUGGUAUUGAAAUAAAAUACGUAUUUGAUAUCAAUCUUAUACUCGAACCCUGUUUCUUUUAUAAAUAUCUUUAUUUGGUGUCAGUAAUGACGCGCCCAUUAAGCAAAUAUUCUAUUACAUGUUUUAAUUUAUUGGUAUUGAUUUGAACAGAGAAAUCCACUUAUUUUUAACUUCUUACUUUGAAUUUUAACAGAUUGUAUCUUUAAAUCAAAUUAAAAAAGUUUAUAAAAAUACAUUGUUA